AUGAGAAACUUCGUUACCGCCGCAGCUUUCGCUGCCGGUGCCAACGCCCUUGUGGGUAGAGGCAACAGCUGCUGCUUCCACCUGAAGUCUUCUGGUGGUGCUUCCGGAUCCAUCGGCCAGCUCGAUGAUGGACAGAACCGUGUCUACGGUAAUCUUGAGGAGGCUCAGUUCUGCAUCGAUUCCAACGGUGCCAUCACCGAUGCCAACGGCCGCGGAUGCAUCGUGACCGGCCCUACUACCCAGUGGCAAUGCGAUCAGGGUGCUUCCCCUACCGCUGGCUUCUCUAUUAACUCGGAGGGUCAGCUAUCGUACCAAGGCGACAGCGAGUUCGUUGCCUGCCAGACCGGCCAGAACGGCGGAAUGAACAUCUACACCACCGAGAGCCAAGACGUCACCGGCUGUGUGGAUGUCAAGUUGACCGCCGACUCUUGCUCUGGAUCUGGCGCUGGCUCUGGUGGCUCCGGCUCGGCCUCUGUCCCUGCUCCUUCAUCGACUCCCGUUAUCGGAUCUAGCAGCAUCCCUGUUCCUCCUUAUCCUUCGUCGAGCGCCUCCGUGCCUCCGUAUGUCCCCGGUCCCUCGGGUAGCGCUUCUGUGCCCCCCAACGCCCCUGGCACCGGACCCAGCGCUUCUGUGCCCCCCAACGCCCCUGGCACCGGACCCAGCGCUUCUGUGUCCCCCAACGCUCCUGGCACCGGACCUAGUGCUUCUGUGCCCCCCAACGCCCCUGGCACCGGACCCAGCGCUUCCGCGCCCCCCGCUGAGCAGACUACCACUAUUCUCACGACGGUGACCGCGACUUACUGCCCGAUUAACACUGCAACCCUGCCCGGUGGCCCUGGCGUUCCCGGCACUACUGGUGUUCCCGGUGUUCCUGGAACUACUGGUGUUUCCGGUACUCCUGGCGUUCCCGGUGGCCCUGGCGUUCCCGGUACUCCCGGCGUCCCCGGUGUCCCUGGUGUUCCCGGCACUACUGGUGUUCCCGGUGUUCCUGGAACUACUGGUGUCCCUGGUGUCCCCGGCACUCCUGG